AUUUUCCUUUCCCAAUUCCCAACAUUUUCCUUACGAGGAUAUUGAUUUUCCUUGCCCCCUUUAGACUGCUAGUCAAAAAUUCUCAAUCUUUUCUCCUACGAUUCAAUUCAAAUUCAGUUGCCCUGUUUUACUUUUGAGUUUUGCCCUUCACCUUCACGAACGCCCCAAACGCAAAGCAUUUCAAGAAUUCAGACCCAUUAUGUUCGCAUUCAAUGCAGAACCUUCCCACCCGUUAAGAUAGAAGGGAAAAGAAAACAAAAGGAAAAGAAAAGAAACGAAAAGAAAAUUAAGAAAGGGUAAAGACGUGGGUGUUCAGCAGCUUUGGUUGCCGUGGUUGAUCGAAGGAUUCAAAGUAAGGAGGCUUUGAUUCGAGGAGUUGGGGAGAUGGGUAUAGGCGUUGUUGACGAGUUGUGGGCUCUCGGCCUCCACUUUUCUUUUAGAAAUAAAAGAAUUUUAGGUAUAGUCAAACGGAAUGAAGAGGAGUAACAAACGGAUCAAAGAGCAGAGGAGGCGUGCAAUUGCCAAGAGGUUGAGGAAGAUAAUGAAGUGCCUUUGCUCGGGUGAGCAGUUAAGAGCAGCAUCUGGUGACGAAAUGGUUCCUUCAUCUGAAUCCCUUGCAACGAAGGAUUUUUCAGUAAGUGGGUUUUCAGCUCGAGCUGGUGAGCGUGAGCGGAGGCCAGAUACUGGCAACAUUGAAGAGGCUGAAUCAUCUCUUCGUGAGAGUGGGAGUCUGAACUACGAGGAAGCUAGAGCACUGUUAGGAAGAUAUGAAUAUCAAAAAGGAAACAUCGAAGCUGCUCUGCAUGUUUUUGAAGGAAUAGAUAUUGCUGCAGUGAUUCCCAAGAUGAAAUUUACUCUUGCUAAAAAAGGAGACCGCCGCAAGAGGCGAUCUCAAAGUGAUGCUACCCCACCGAUGUCUAUACAUGCUGUCAGUUUACUUUUGGAAGCAAUAUUCCUCAAGGCAAAAUCAUUGCAGGAGCUUGGGAGUUUUAAAGAAGCUGCUCAAUCAUGCAAAGUUAUUCUCGACAUUGUUGAAUCUUCAUUACCAGAUGGCUUGCCUGAAAACUUUGGUGCUGACUGUAAAUUGCAGGAGACUUUGAGCAAGGCAGUUGAGUUGCUUCCUGAGUUGUGGAAACUUGCUGAUUCUCCCAGUGAAGCAAUCUUGUCAUACCGCAGGGCCCUACUUCAUCAUUGGAAUCUUGGUGUGGAAACUACUGCAAAGAUUCAGAGAGAGUUUGCCAUUUUUCUUUUAUACAGUGGAGGUGAAGCAAGCCCCCCAAAUCUCCGUUCUCAAAUGGACAGUUCAUUUGUACCUAGAAACAACACAGAAGAGGCUAUUCUUUUGUUAAUGAUUCUAUUAAGAAAAGCUUCUCUCAAGAGAAUUGAGUGGGACCCAUCCAUCCUGGAUCACCUUUCAUUUGCUCUAUCUGUGUCGGGGGAUUUAAGGGCAUUAAGCAAUCAAGUAGAAGAACUUCUCCCUGGGACUAUGGAUCGAAAAGAAAGGUAUCACACUCUGGCUCUCUGUUAUUAUGGAGAAGGUGAAGGCUUGACUGCUUUGAAUCUGCUGAGGAAGUUGUUGAGUAAUAGAGAUAAUCCAAAUUUUCUUCCAGCUUUAUUGUUGGCUUCAAAGAUAUGUGGGGAAAACCCUAAUUUAGCGGCAGAAGGGGUAGACUUCUCUCGCAGAGCUCUUGACAGCUCACAGAGCAGAUGUGAUCAGUUGGUAAGCGUUGCCAAUUGUUUAUUGGGUAUCGCACUUUCAGAAAAUUCUCGAUCUGCUGUGGCUGAUUCUGACAGGGUUGCAACUCAGUCUGAGGCUCUUCUGGCUCUGGAAACUGCUGGGAGAAAGACAAAACUGAGAGAUCCUACAGUUGUUUACCAUCUCAGCUUAGAAAAUGCUGAGCAGAGGAAGUUGGAUGCUGCACUUUAUUAUGCAAAGCUCUUGCUUAAGCUGGAAGGUGGUUCUAAUGUUAAAGGGUGGUUAUUGUUGGCUCGAGUAUUAUCUGCACAGAAAAGGUUCCUGGAUGCUGUGACUAUCAUAAAUGCUGCUCUGGAUCAGACUGGAAAAUGGGAUCAAGGAGAAUUGUUGCGGACAAAAGCUAAACUCCAAAUUGCACAGGGCCAAUUGAAGAGUGCUGUUGAAACAUAUACUCAGCUUGUUGCUGUUCUUCAAGUUCAGAGAAAAAGCUUUGGGUCUGGGAAAAAUCUUCUUAAGGGCAGUAGAAGCCCAAAUAGAAGUUUGGAAUUGGAAACAUGGCAUGAUGUGGCUCAGAUCUACAUAAGCUUGUUACGGUGGCGUGAUGCUGAGAUUUGUCUUUCCAAGUCCAAGGCCAUCAAUCCCCUUUCUGCUUCUCGAUGUCAUGCCACUGGUUUACUAUAUGUAGGAAAGGGCCUUCAAAAAGAAGCUUUAAAAGCUUUUGUGAAUGCAUUAGACAUCGAACCCAACCAUGUCCCGAGCUUGAUCUCCACAGCAGUGGUUCUCAGACGGCUUGGUGGGUCAGCAGCUGUGGUCCGAAACCUUCUCACAGAUGCUCUUCGACUCGAUAGAAUGAACGCUUCUGCAUGGUAUAAUCUUGGGCUUCUUUACAGUGCAGAGGGCGCUGCAUCAUCUUUGGAGGCUGCCGAAUGUUUCGAAGCUGCAACCCUCCUGGAAGAGUCUGCACCAGUUGAACCCUUUAGAUGACCGUCAUGUGUAUUAAGCCCAAAAUUUCUCCCCUUUGCAAGUUCUGCUUCAACUUCUCUCCCCUUGCUGUAAUGUUUGUCACAAUACCUUCAUUCUUCACUUGUAGCUUGGUAGAAAGCAAUAAAAUUAGUUGUUCUUUCUUUC